AACAUAAUUCCUCUCAAUCCCCGUCUCCAAGUAUCGCCGACGCCGCAGCACCAAAGGAGGAGAAGAAGGAUCAAAGGCGCGACACAACAAUGGCGACUGGUAAAACAGUGAAGGAUGUCUCUCCACACGAGUUCGUCAAGGCUUACGCUGCCCAUCUCAAGCGCUCCGGCAAGAUUGAGCUGCCUCUGUGGACAGACAUCGUCAAGACUGGUAAACUUAAGGAGCUUGCUCCAUAUGACCCUGACUGGUACUACAUCAGAGCCGCUUCCAUGGCUAGGAAAGUUUACCUGAGGGGUGGUCUUGGAGUUGGUGCCUUCCGUAGGAUCUAUGGAGGAAGCAAGAGGAACGGAAGCCGUCCUCCUCAUUUCUGCAAGAGCAGCGGUGGUGUUGCUCGUCACAUUCUUCAGCAACUCCAGACCAUGAACAUUGUCGACCUCGACACCAAGGGGGGAAGGAAGAUCACAUCAAGUGGUCAGAGAGAUCUUGACCAAGUUGCUGGAAGGAUCGCAGCUGCCGUCUAAAUCAAAUCAUAACGUCAGAUGGUCAAGUCUAAGUUUCCGGUUUAUGUUGGAGAUUUAGUUAUGGAAUGUUUUGCAUUUGAAAACCAAUAGUAGAAUUCCCUCUCAUUUUUUGUUUUCAUGAAUUCCCUCUUUUUUGCCUAUCUUUGACCCGUUUCCUACUCAUUUCAUGAAAUUAGUUCUAAAAUAUAUAAUUAUGGCUUCUUUUUUAUUUGUA